AUGGAGUCCUACACCUGGGUGCUGGGCCUGGGAUUUCUACACCUGGGGGAGCAGCUGCGUGAGUGGUACUCAGAGUACUGCAGCCUCAGGAGAGGUGCCUCUGGAGCCCGGAGUACUACUGGGACGGGUGCUGGUGCCUCCCCCCUUCCGCGUGAGCUGCCCUCUCUUGAGCGGAUCCGUGAGUGGUACGAGCGGCGCUGCACUCUCCAGAGUGGCGCGCCUGGUGUCACAGACCCUGGAGCUGGAGUUGGAGCUGCUGCUGGUGCUGCGGACCCGGCCGUUGGAGCUGCUGCUGGUGCUGCGGACCCUGGAUUUGGGCCUGCUGCUGGUGCUGCGGACCCUGGAGUUGGAGCUGCUGCUGGUGCUGCGGACCCCGACGUUGGAGCUGCUGCUGGUGCUGCGGACCCUGGAGUUGGAGCUGCUGCUGGUGCUGCGGACCCUGGCGUUGGAGCUGCUGCUGGUGCUGCGGACCCUGGAGUUGGAGCUGCUGCUGGUGCUGCGGACCCUGGAGUUGGAGCUGCUGCUGGUGCUGCGGACCCUGGAGUUGGAGCUGCUGCUGGUGCUGCGGACCCUGGAGUUGGAGCUGCUGCUGGUGCUGCGGACCCUGACGUUGGAGCUGCUGCUGGUGCUGCGGACCCUGGGGUUGGAGCUGCUGCUGGUGCUGCGGACCCUGACGUUGGAGCUGCUGCUGGUGGCGCUGCGCGGCCCCGGCCGUACUUCGUUCCGCUCCUUCAGCAGGUUCUUGGUCAGCCUCCUCCUCCUUGUUCUGCUCCCUCCUCCUUAGAGUGUCCUCCGUCUGUCCAGUCGCAGUCCCCGUUACCGCCUGCCUUGCCGCUCCCUGGUCCUUCUCCUUACUCUGGUCCCACAGGAGGUCUUACAGAGCGCCGUGAGCCUGAGUCUCGUCCUGUGUCGCCUGCGUCUCGCUCUGCGUCGCCUGUUCGUGCUGCUCGCACUGGUCGUCGUGUCCCGCGUGAGCGUCCUCCUCCUGUCCCUGGCACUCACUACAUGACUCUGCAUCCCUCCACUGCUCCUCAGCGCGUCCCUCUGCCGUCUCCUCCUGCGUCCUCUCUUCCUACUCUUCCUGACCCGGAGUCUGACUCCCUUCGUGCUGCCCGUCCUACUGUCACGCGUCUCCUCGCUACUAUUGUCACUGACCCUACCUUUGAGUCCUCUGCUGCGUCUGCUCUCGUCGCUGAGUUAGUUGACUUUGCUGCCGCUUGUCGUCUAGACUACGCCGCUAGCCUAGUUGCUGCGUCUGAGUCUGUCUGUCCUCCGUCCGUCGGGGGUGAGUGUGCUCUUGGCACGGACGUCCUUGAGGACAGGCAGGAGGAGUUCCAGUGCUUUGCUGCUGCUUUGCCUCAUCUCGUGUCCAUGCUAGUUGCCCCUGAGGGAGACCCGGAUGCACCAGACAUCCCGACCCCGCGCUCUUACGCAGAGGCGAUAGCGGGUCCCUACUCCUCUCAAUGGCAGACAGCCAUGGACGCAGAGAUGGCUUCCUGGAAGUCCACAGGCACCUACGUCGACGCAGUUCCCCCACCAGGGGCGAACAUCGUCAGUGGCAUGUGGAUUUUCAGGGUGAAGCGGCCGCCGGGUUCUCCGCAUGUCUUCAAGGCGCGUUACGUUGCUCGAGGCUUCAGUCAGCGUGAGGGAGUCGACUUCUUCCAGACCUUCUCUCCCACCCCGAAGAUGACCACUCUUCGGGUGCUGCUGCACAUAGCCGCUCAGCGCGACUACGAGCUUCACUCUCUUGACUUCAGCACUGCUUUCUUGCAGGGUAGCCUGCACGAGGAGAUCUGGCUGCGCCGCCCUCCUGGCUUCACUGGGUCGUUUCCUCCUGGUACCCAGUGGAGCCUCCGGCGGCCGGUCUACGGUCUCCGCCAGGCACCACGUGAGUGGCACGACACACUGAGGACGACACUUGCGGCACUUGGGUUCACGCCUUCUACUGCUGACCCGUCGCUGUUUCUGCGCACAGACACUUCGCUGCCGCCGUUCUACAUCCUCGUGUACGUCGACGACUUGGUCUUUGCCACUGCUGACACUGAGGCUCUCGCCCACGUGAAGUCGGAGCUGCAGAAGAGACACACGUGCACAGACCUGGGUGAACUGACAAGCUAUCUUGGCUUGCGGAUCACCCGGGACAGAGCACGGCGCACCAUUACCUUGACUCAGUCACACAUGGUGCAGCAGGUCCUUCAGCGCUUCGGCUUCACGUACUCCUCGCCUCAGUCCACUCCUCUGCCUACCGGUCACUCGCUCUCAGCUCUGCCUUCGGAUGAGUCCGUAGAGCCGAGUGGCCCGUAUCCAGAGCUUGUGGGCUGCCUCAUGUACCUGAUGACCUGCACUCGACCUGACCUUGCAUACCCUCUUAGCAUCCUUGCACGCUAUGUCGCUCCUGGCCGUCACCGGAAGGAGCACAUGGAUGCCGCUAAGAGGGUGUUGCGCUACUUGUGCAGUACGUCGGGCAUGGGGCUAGUGCUUGGAGGGCGAGACCGAGUUGUUCUCACUGGACACUCAGACGCUUCUUGGGCGGACGACCAGGCCACUCAGCGGUCGUCUCAGGGUUACACCUUCAGCCUUGGCUCUGGUUCAGUUUCUUGGCCCAUGGCAGCCCAGGAGCUACGCUGGCUCACCUACCUGCUGACCGACCUUGGAGAGCGGCCUCGUUCUCCUCCAGUGCUGUACGUCGACAACAAGGCUGCCAUUGCCUUGUGUGAGGAGCACAGACUGGAGCACAGAACGAAGCACAUCGCUCUGCGGUACUUUCUGGCUCGUGAGCUGCAGCAGCGUGGUCAGCUUUGUCUGCGUUACGUGGCCACUCAGGCCAACACUGCUGACGUGUUCACCAAGGCGCUUCAGCCUUGUGACCAUCAGCGCUUCUGUACUCUUCUAGGCCUUGUACCUACUGGACCUCACUUGCUUACUUCUUGA